CACAGGUGAAAACAGUGUGAGUUAGUUGUGAAAAUAAGGGUGAGGAAAGUAUUCACACCCGGUGAGCCAAAAAUUUUAUCGAAACUCCAAACGAUAAAACUCUGCAAGACUCGGAUAAAUCCUAUCCAAAGAUUGUGGAAACAAUUGUUAGUGAUAUUAUUGGAUGUAUGCAAGAGUUCAGCGUGGAUAGUGAUAGUAGCACUGAUGAGGAAAACACAAGUUAUAUUCCUCAAUAUUACAGCUACGCUAGGCAGUAUGCUGGUGGUUCAUUGACGACUCACGCUAUACAACACUCUGAGGAUGCUGUAAAAAGUGAAGAUGUUGGUGCAAAAAUAUUGCCUGUCUGGGGAAUAAAUUCUCAUAACAUUAACGAGAAGAACUCCAAGGAUGGUUAUGCGGAGGCUUCUAGACUGCAAGACGACUGUGAGGGCUUGAUUGAAGGGAUCAGGCGAAUUCGUGACCGGCCAAAGAACAUAUCACCUUUCAAUGCCAAGGAACUUUUGCCUCUUCUGCCGCCACCUGCCCCCUGUGCAAUGGGUAAAAAGUGCUUGGUUUUGGAUGUAGACGAAACGCUUCUGCACAGUUCAUAUGUCAAACCUGAGCACUAUGACCUUCAUCUAGUCAUCCAAAAAGAUGACUCUGCUGAGGUCAAUAUAUAUACAACGUUUCGACCCUACAUGCAGAACUUUCUUGAGUUCAUUGCUCCCCUUUUUGAAGUGGUAAUUUUUACGGCAUCUACCUCUCUCUACUGUAACAUGCUUUUUGACAUUAUUGACCCGCAGCAUAAACUAGGUAAUCUACGAAUGUUUCGUGAGCAUUGUAUUCAAAUAUUUUCUACCUUUGUAAAAGACCUCUCAUUGUUGGGUCGCGACCUAGAACAGAUUGUCAUAAUUGACAAUAGUCCCGUGUCCUAUUCCCUGCAGCACCGCAACGCAAUCCCAGUUUCAUCGUGGUUUGGUGAUCCCACUGACUGCGAAUUGAUGCGUCUUACGAUUCUCUUGGAGGCGCUGGUUGAAGUCGACAACGUAUACAACUUAUUGGAUAACUACAAUGCUCUGCUUCAAUUACAGCAACAAAAGGUAAAAAUAUAAGCUGAUAGAUGGGGUUUAUUACCCCUUCCCUCCGCGACCUCUAUAUCAUAAAAUACAAAUCUUUUCCAUUAUUGCACUGGCAGAUUUAUUAAUGCUAUUUACUUUUGAAAUUAAAAUUCUGUUUUAUGAAUCUCGAUGUUUUUGUUCUGCAAUUUUUCUGUAUUUACUGUUUUGUUUGUGGUGUCAAUGACUUAAUUUGCAUCAUCUAUUUGAUUUCGAUUUUGGUUCAGGCCUGCCACUCUUUAGUAAAGUGAUUUUAGCUUACCAAGGGCUAAUUAUAUCGUGUGAUGUCACACAGAGAGAAAGAGAAAGGGGGGAAAUUGAACGCAAAAAAAAAAUAAUCUCUAGGAACAAAAACGUAAAAGCUGUGUUUCUUGUAUUUUCUAUGCAGCUGCAUUUUGUUGUAUGUUUUGCUUUUACACACCUACAAAUCAAAUAGUAUAAACCUUGUAUUUAGAAAGUUAUUGGAAUAUAUAGCUCAACGAUUUUU